AUGAUGAUUAGAUCAACAUUACAGAGUGUACUUAGAGUAUCAUCAACAUCAACAACAUCUAAUCAAAGAUGUUUGACAAGUUUAACUGUAUUACAAUCACCAUCAUCCUCCUUUAGUUAUUGUUAUAGUACAUCAUCGUUUAAUACUACUACUACUGAAGAAAAGAAGAAAAGAAAUGUAUUACCAACCAAUCUAUUUCAAAAGGUGUUACUUGGAGUUGGAUCAAGUUUGAUUGCAAUGUAUAAUCCUGGUAGAACUGAUAUGGUGGCAGCAUUGGGUGAAGUGUCUGGUGGAUGUGUACUGCCACAUCUAAAGACAAAGAUGAUGAAUGAUAGUGAUGGAAGAUGGUUGUUGGAACACAAACCACGUAUUCGUAUUGAAACGUUGCCAGAGCAAUUGUCAUCGUUGGCACCUGAUACAUUUGGUGGUGCCUAUUAUAAAUUCCUAACAGAUAAUGGGUUCUCGCCAGACGACAGAGCAGAGGUUAGAAUGGUAGAGGAUGACGAUGAAGCAUAUGUCUUGCAACGAUACAGAGAAGUACAUGAUUUCUGGCACGUUCUAGCUGAUAUUCCACCCAACGUUCCAGGUGAACUUGCCAUCAAGUGGUUGGAAAUGGUACAAACCGGUCAACCAAUGUGUGCACUCAGUGCAUUGGUCGGUCCCCUCCGACUACCAUUCCAGCAGCAACGACAACUCAUCCAACACACUGCUCCAUGGGCCGUCAGGUGUGGUCGCAACAGCAAGUUCCUUCUCAACGUCAUCUAUGAGAAUCAUUGGAAUGACAAUCUAAUAGAAUUAAGAAAGAAAUUAAAUUUCGAACCUUAUUCAGGUCCAACCAUCAUCGACAAAUAA